UGCCAGUCUUAUCCCUAGUUCAUCUUAAUCCAUCAAGUAAUACAACAACUCUGCAGCAUAUUAUCAUAAAUUGCAUUAUACAUUAUUCCCACCGUUGAUGAUAGAAUAUUCACUCUCCAUCCUUCGUCCACCUGAAUUCAGCCUCGUGUCUCAUGUGGGGUCUUCGAGACUCCUAAGUAUUGAGACCCGCCGAGCUCUUCUUCAUCGGCCGUGGGGCCUCCAGCUCUCCUAGCAAGGGCCUGCGCGGAGAGAGUCAAAAAACAUACACUUUGAACUUUUUGAUUAUUGACAAGACGGAUUCAUUCGUUCCUCUUUAACCAAGUUAUAAGAAGAGCACUUAUGAAUUGAUUGGAGAGGAAUUAUUUCCUGGACCGACCUCAAUUCCUACACCCAUUCCAAGAUGUACUCUCACCCUCUGCGGUCACUGUCGGUUGUCGGCAGAAGAUCCGCCUACAUCUCCGCACGUUGGAGCUCGAAUCGAGGACUCGCGACAACAGCAACAGGUCAACAUGCUACGACGACGACGAAUAAGAGGUUACCGCUGGCGGGAAUUCGGGUUUUGGACAUGAGCAGAGUUCUAGCUGGGCCAUAUUGUACACAAAUACUAGGUGAUCUGGGGGCCGAGAUUAUUAAAAUCGAGCAUCCCAUACGAGGAGACGAUACAAGAGCAUGGGGACCCCCAUUUGCUGCAUAUCUGGAUGGAAGGGAAGGUCCCGGAGAGAGUGCAUAUUAUCUCUCUGUGAACCGAAAUAAAAAGUCCCUAGGACUUUCCUUCGCCCAUCCCGAGGGCGUCGAAAUCCUUCAUGAACUGGCAAAGACCUGCGACGUGCUUGUCGAGAACUACCUGCCCAAUUCCCUCGCGAAAUACAACAUGGAUUACGAGACGAUUCGGAAGAUCAACCCCAAAUUGAUCUAUGCCAGUAUCACGGGAUACGGUCAGACCGGGCCCUACAGCAAUCGGCCAGGGUUUGAUGUCAUGGUCGAAGCGGAGUUCGGUUUGAUGCACUUGACAGGACAACGGGAUGGUCCGCCCGUGAAGGUGGGAGUGGCAGUGACAGAUCUGACGACGGGACUCUAUGCGUGCAACUCAAUCAUGGCGGCGCUGCUGCAUAGAGUGCACACUGGGGAGGGUCAGCAUCUUGACGUAUGCCUGAGCGACUGCCAGACGGCUACGUUGGCUAAUAUGGGCAGCUCAGUGCUCAUCAGUGGCAAGAAGGACUCUGGACGAUGGGGGACAGCACACCCCUCUGUGGUCCCUUAUCAAGGCUUCAAAACUGCCGACGGAGACAUCUUCAUCGGCGGUGCCAACGACAAACUCUUCCGGAUCUUGGCCGACAAACUAGGAAAACCAGAAUGGAAGACGGACCCUAAAUACAACACCAACAAUGACCGUGUGAAAAACCGAAAAGAGCUUGAAGGUCUCAUCGAGGCUGAGACCACGAAAAAGACUACUCAGGAAUGGCUGGAUAUUUUCGAAGGCUCGGGAAUGCCCUAUGCUGCUGUUAACGACGUUAUGGGCACGUUCAAUCACGAACAUACCAAGGCUCGCGGUAUGGUCAAGGAAAUCGACCAUCCAGUCUGCGGUCCUAUCAAGGUGAUCAACACACCAGUCAAAUAUUCAAAUGCAGACCCGAGUAUUCGGACACCACCACCUCUUCUAGGUGAGCAUACUGACGAGGUGUUGGAAGGUCUGGGAUUGAAUAAAGACAAGAUCCAGACGCUAAAGCAGAACGGCGUUGUUGCGUAAUUGGGUCAUACGUAUGAAAUGGUGCUGCAUUAGAAUCCAUUGAACAUUGUAGUAUAGAUGAAUGUGACUCAAAAGUCGAUAGGUGUAAAGCGCAUGUAUGGAUCUUCCGUUCAGGUAUCGAUGAUUG